UAAAGGGCUGCAUGUGUGUUCUUGCAAUCCAUCGUAUAUUUUCUUCGAAGGCCUGUAAAGUUUGAGGAAACAUGAAGCUUCAAUUCUUCUGAACGUAUGCUCCUUGUAUUCAACCGUUAAUCUCAGUUUGGUUUUGGAAGUUGACACUCCUCGACAAAUUACCUUCGAAGGUUUUCAUUCACCUGAAACUUUCUUUAAAAAGGGCAUUAAAGAUCUGUAAGGGAAAAUGCCCCAUGCUUACCGAUGGCAAUGUCAUAAAAUGUUGUAGACUGAAUAACACUGCACAUUUUCCACAAUCAUAAAAUGCCAUUACCAUCCACUACUCAUCUUAAUCUCACAGCAUUAUGUAGAGAAAGCCAGUUCAAGGAUGCGCUGCACAUUCUGCUUACUACACACAACCCCCCUGAAGACUACAUAUCUCAAGAACUCGCAUGCACAAGUUAAAAAUGUCCACACUUCCAUUGUUCACAGGCGAUUUGCAUUUAGUGCACGCACAACUUUUCACAAUACGCUUAUUCACAUGUAUGUCAAGUGCGGGAGUUUAGUGGAUUCCCGGAAGGUGUUUGACCGCAUGAAAGAACGAGACUGCUUCUCAUGGAAUACGAUUAUUGCAGCAUAUGUAAGACAUGGGUACCCGCACGAAUCAGUCACACUGUUUCACCGAAUGCAACAAACAGGUCUCCAACCCGACAAUUACACAUUUGCGAGUGUGCUCCCAGCCUGUGCCAAAAUGGGAGCUUUGGAGCAGGGAAUGGAUAUCCAUCAAAGCAUAAAGGAUAGAGGAAUUUUGUCGGAUGCUGUAGUUGCAACAGCCCUGGUAGACAUGUAUGCCAAAAGUGAAAAUGUAGACAAGGCGUGUGAACUGUUUGAAAACAUACCUCAAAAAACUGUGGUCACAUGGAAUGCUAUGAUUGCAGGAUAUACACAAAAUGGAUUUGUCGAAAAGGCUUUAGAAACUUUCAAGCAAAUGGAAUUGGCAGGUGCAAAACCAAAUUCCACAACCUUUGCCAGCGUCCUCACUGCCUGUGCCAAAAUGGGGGUUCUGGAACAGGGUAUGGAGAUUCAUGAAAGCAUAAAGGAUAAAGAAAUUUUGUUAGAUGUAGUAGUUUCAACUGCACUUGUCGACAUGUAUGCAAAAUGUGGAAGAACAGACAAGGCACUAGUACUGUUUGACAACAUGCCUCAAAGAAAUGUGGUCACGUGGACUGCAAUGAUAGCAGGAUAUGCACAAAAUGGAUUUGCUGAAAAGGCUUUAGAAACUUUCAAGCAAAUGCAAUUGGCAGGUGUAAAGCCGAAUGCCACAACCUUUGCCAGCAUCCUCCCUGCCUGUGCCAAAAUGGGAGCUUUGGAACAGGGCAUGGACAUCCAUCAAAACAUAAUUGAAAGAGGAUUUUCGUCAGAUAUUAUAGUUGGAAAUGCUCUGGUAGACAUGUAUGCAAAAUGUGCAGGAAUAGACAAGGCUCGCGAACUGUUUGACAGAAUGCCUCAAAGAGAUGUUAUCUCAUGGAAUUCCGUGAUUGCAGGAUAUGCACAAAAUGGAUUUAUAAAAAAGGCUAUUGAAACUUUCAAGCAAAUGCAAUUGGCAGGUUUAAAGCCACAUUCUUCAACCUUUGCUACUAUCCUCCCUGCCUGUGCCAAAAUGGGAGCUUUGGAACAGGGUAUGGACAUUCAUCAAAACAUUGUGGAAGGGGGAUUUUUGUCAUAUAUUGUAGUUGGAAAUGCUUUAGUGGACAUGUAUUCAAAAUGUGGAAGCAUAGACAAGGCGCGUGAACUAUUUGACAGAAUGCCUCAAAAAGAUGUCAUUUCAUGGACAGCAAUGAUUGCAGGAUAUGCACAAAAUGGACUUGCUGAAAAGGCUUUAGAAACUUUCAAGCAAAUGCAAUUGGCAGGUGUAAAGCCAAAUUCGACAACCUUUGUCAGCAUCCUCCCUGCCUGUGCCAAAAUGGGAGCGUUGGAACAGGGUAUGAACAUCCAUCAAAGCAUAAUGGAAGAGUCAUUUUUGUCAGAUAUUACAGUUGGAAAUGCUCUGGUAGACAUGUAUGCAAAAUGUGGAAGCAUAGACAAGGCACGUGAUUUGUUUGACAGAAUGCCACAGAGAGAUAUCAUCUCAUGGAAUGCAAUGAUUUCAGGGUAUGCACAAAACGGAUUUUGUAAGGAUGCUCUCAAAAUCUUUGAAUUAAUGAAGCUCUCUGAAACUCGUCCUGACAUUAUAAGCUAUACUUCUGUUCUAUGGGCAUGCGGCCAUGCAGGUUUAGUGGAUGAGGGCUGUACAUGUUUUAAUCACAUGAGUAACCCUUAUUGCAUUGCACAUACAAUUGAUCAUUAUGUGUGCAUGGUUGACCUUCUUGGCCGUGCUGGUUAUCUUGAGGACACCCUAAAGUUUAUCAUAAAGAUGCCAAUUAAACCUGUGGUGGUUGUGUGGACAUGUUUUCUUGGUGCCUGUAGAUCACAUUUGAAUAUAGGCCUGGGAAUAUUUACAGCUAUGCUACUUUUUGAUUUGGAUCCUAAAAUUACUUCAACUUAUGUUCUUCUCUCAAACAUGUAUGCAGAAGUGGGCAGGUGGGGUGAGGUUCAAAUUGUAAGGAGAUUGAUGAAAGAUAGAGGAAUUAAGAAGAUCCCUGGAUGUAGCUGGAUUGAAGGCCAUAAAAUGGUACAUGCUUUUUGUGUAGGAGACAGAUCACAUCCACAGACACAGGAGAUCUAUGCAAUGUUAGAAAAAUUGGCAUUGGAGAUGAAGGCAGCAGGGUAUUGUCCAGAUUCAAGACAUUUACUUAAUGAUGUGGAAGAAGAGGAAAAAGAAUUAUUUCUUUGUCAUCAUAGCGAAAAGCUUGCAAUUGCAUUUGGUUUGUUAAACACACCCCUUGGAACAACUAUUAGAAUUGUUAAGAACCUUCGAGUAUGUACUGAUUGCCACACUGCAACGAAAUUUAUUUCCAAAAUUGUUGCAAGAGAUAUUGUUGUGAGAGAUGCAAACCGUUUCCAUCAUUUUAAACAGGGACAAUGUUCUUGUGGAGAUUAUUGGUGAUGCUAAAUGAAGCAAUCUGAAAAGUAGGCUUGCACUAUAAUAAUGUGCGCCAUGUUGAACCUACAGUAAUAAUGAAGGACAAGGUUUUCAUUUCAGUUUCUAGAAUUUUUCGUUUUGACCACUUGGCAAUAUAGAUCAUGCUGAGGGCUAUCUAAAAUUAGAUGCAUUGGAAUGCAAAGUAGAUCACUGCUUAUAUAAACUGUUGGGGGUGUCUGUCAAAGACCUGUUUUAUGGUAACAUGGACAUUUCAUUGAAUUAUUUUCAUAAAACCUGCACAGUAUGAGAUGAAACGAGGAGUUGGGGGGUAUGGGGAGAGAACAGAAGAUGAGGAACACUUCAAUUUAAUGGAAAGAUGUUUAACUAAGAAGAAAUUUGAGACAAUUUGAUGGAAAGAUGUUUGACCAACAAGAAAUUUGAG